AAACAACCUGGCAGUGGACAACAUCAGACUCUGGACACUGGACUGUGAAUCCUUGUGCUGCAUUGGUGGGGAGCCUGCAAAGGUAUGAUGGACGCAAAACUCAAGUGGCUCAUUGUUGCCCAGCUCUUGCUGACUGACUGCUGCCGCUCCCAGGUAGACGUUCCACGGGGUCUGGAAAGCACAGCGUCUCAGAACACACGUGUGAGAGAGGGUGGAAAAGGAGAGGAUGCGUCACACCUCCCUGGACCUCCUCUGGAGCCUGGCUUUCCAUCUGGGGCUGAUGAGGCAAAGAUUCAGUCCGCUCAUCGCCUAGUAAUGACUGUCGCAGGCCUGCUACAGGGGAAAAUGCGACUUGCCCUGCAGGGUAAUGCCAGCUGUGAAGACCUCCUGGCCGCUGCCACCCUUGAGAAGCCUUCUGCUCUUUUCCUCCGUGAGCUGCUGGGGCUCUCUUUGGUGCCUGUGCUGGUGGCUGAAAACUGCCCCCAAGAGGCCCAAACCCUGGUGCUGCAGCUCUUUGACCUGCUGGGUGUUGGAGACACUGAGGAGCUACUGUUGGACCUGGAGGACCUCAUGGAGAGAAGCAGCCAGCCACGGGUCACCGGUGCCCCGGGGAGAGAGCGAUCGCAGCACCACAUCGAGGCCAUCAUGUUCAACAUCCAGCAGCUGGCAAAAACAGGCGUGAGCAAUGAGGAGACACGGGACAUGGAUCGUGGGACACAAGGGGGACACGGGGAGUGCCAAGGCUGGACUAGGGUGAAUGGGACCUCACUGUUGGGGGAAGCAGUCGAGGAAGAAGGGGAAGUAGCAGAGGCCGUGCGUGUGUGUGAGAGUCUCGGAGCUCGCUGUGCUGGCGUGUCUCUUGGCGAGGCUUCUGGCCUGUACCGAGCGGUGCUGAGGAAGGGGAGCCGCAUCGUACCCUGUGAGGACUCCGAAUGCUGGAUCCGGGAGUGCCAGGGAACAAGGGCUGGCCGUGCCCGUCGCAGCGCACAGAGGAACUGUGUCAACAAGAGAGAGGAGCGCAUAUACAGUGUGGUGGAAUGGAUCCCAGCUGUGAGCACCCUCUACAGCCUGGGGACCGCGGUCUACUACGCGUCAGUCAACUGCUCUGAGACAGCCAAGGAGAGGGCCAUCCUGAGUGCCGUGGACCUAGGCACUGACGCUCUCAUGGCCGUCACGGGAGGCACGGUGGGCGUGGCCGGCUAUGCGCUGGGGGCCGGUGUGAAAACGGGCGUGAAAGCCGGAAUCAAGUAUCUCCUCAAUAACAUGAAGCAUGAGGAGGACGUCAUUGUAAACCAGAACAUCUGGUCAGCGUCCAUCUCUGUUGAGUAACAUUUUCUGCACAGGUACUCUAAGUCACGAAAAAAGGGAGUUGCGUUUUUUUUUUGUCCACUUUUGGACUUGCUGAUUGAAAACGCUCAAUAUUCUGAAAAUCAAAGCAAUUUCAGUUGCCUCUUGGUUCCUCACUCAAGUCAGAACUUUGUAAAGUAACAAUUCAUUCAACGAACAGUUAUUUGUAUUCAAUUUUUAACAAGCAUGGAAGGAAGAAAUCCUGUUAUGCUGUCAAGUUAAAUUACAGUUUAUAAGGAAGUGGACCUUAUAAGCAAAUAUUCUGAUUAAUUUUAAUCUUCGAUUUUUGCGUAAACCAACUCAUUGCACAAUGCAACCCUGGGGACCUAAAAAGACUAGCAGAUUGUGCAACGUGAGAUUCAAAUAUGCAAGUCAUCUUACAUUUUAGCUGGCAGUGCUGCCAUUUACGGAUCGUGUAAAAUAUUUUAAAACAAUGCAUAUCAGGAACAACAAAACAUUGAUGGGUAUGCUGCAAUCUUCCUGCUUACUCAUGUUACUUCUGUCUACAUCUAUUAAAGUGCCGUACCUGCUGGUGGUACUUUCGCAAAACAAAUUGCAAGCUUUUAUAUAAAUGCAGGAUAUGACGACAGCUCUCCAUUAAAAAAUACUGCAUGUAGUACUAAUAUUAAAUUAAUAUUUAAAAGAUAAAUACAUGUUAAAUAC